AUGCUACUUUGCGCUAACCAGUAUAGUAAUAGGUUUAUUAAUUUGUGGCGUACAAACGAUGAAUUUCCAGGGACAUGUGUUGGUAUCAACAUUGGGAAGUGUAACUGCCUUGCUUGUGUUAACGGUACUAUCUGUUAUAAUGAUAAUGGGUGUGGAGGACUAGAAAAAGCGUGCGGGCGUCGGUCACAUAAGUGUAACUGCGAAAGAGGUGAGGUGCCUUCUACAUUUACAAUGAAGAAACACGGGUUACAAGGAUCCUACGAGGAACAGAUGAAUUCUUGUUCAGAGAGGUAUUGCGUACCAAAUACUCCGUCAUGUUACGGCUUACCAUGUAAUUCAGGACUGUGUUACUGUUAA